UAAUGUUGUGUUGGUGGAAUUAUGCAUAAAUCAUAAUAAUAAAUCAAAAAAUUUAAACUAUUAUUAAAAUAUUUUACUUUGUUGGCUCAUUAUAACCACCUUUGCAAAGUGUUCAAGAAACAAAACUAAAAUGACUUUAAAAAUUUUGAAAAAUGUAGUGAAAGCCAAGCAAUAACAAACAAAGUCUUAGUAUAUGUACAUACAUACAAUACAAUAUAAAAAAUUACAGAAAAUGUAAAGAAACAGGAAGUUUAUUCAGAUAAUGCAAGGGAAUAACAAGAAAUAAUAAAAUAAAACAAAAACAUGCCAAUAAGAGUUUGAUAGAAGGGGCGUUCAUUGGCAAGUCAGACAUUAAAAAUAAUUUAAGAAAAAUCACAAAGAGGCCCCAAUAAUCACGUCAUAAUUGUUUUUGGAAAAAGGAGACUUAAAAGUCUACGUCAAUCGAAUUAGAUUUUCGUAGUAUGUGUGUUUGUGUUUGCUUGUGUGUAUUUAAUUAAAAAUAGUUUUAACAUCAAAAUAAAGUAUUGAAUGAUUUUCACAACUCAUAUUUUAAAAUGUAAUUUCGUAAAUCUCAAAAUUUUGUGCAAAAACGAACAAUUCAUACUACAUACAAAUUUAUUUUUUAAUAUUUUCCUAUAUUGAUUAAAUUGUGUUACCGGAGGAAUAAAACGCUCGGUUUUAAAAUCACUUACAUGUAAAUUCAAGUUUUAAAAAAGUGGCUUUCAACUGAAAUAUUCGUUAAAACUCCAAUUUGCAUCAAACGAACCGAAAUCAUGAACAUCGACGAGGAACAACAGGCCUUACUGAAACGUGCUGCUGAAGAAAGGGAAUUAAUAUUUAAUCGUUACAGUUUGGGUUUAGAUCCAACAAAUCAAGUGGAUCCUUGGGAAAAUCCAAAAUAUGAAAUAUAUCAUAUUACAGAUAAAUAUGGCUUUAUGCAUGAUUCACGCCUUCCUGAUACACGGGAUUCGCAAGAGCUUUUGCGGACUAAAAUAGAAUUAGAACGUGAUAAAAAAUGGAUGAAAAUGCUUGCAUCGUGGAAUCCACAUCACGAAAAAUUAAGAAAGCGAGUGUUUAAGGGUAUUCCAGAUCGUAUGCGUUGGCCGGCAUGGAAAAAACUACUGAACGUCGAAGAAUCUAUGGAAGCAAAUCGUGAUGUAUAUCAGCGCAUGUUGGACAUUUCCCGAAAAUACUCGACAGAAGUACGACAAAUAGAUUCCGAUGUUAAUCGCCAGUUUCGCGAUAAUCUAGCAUUUCGCGAACGCUAUAGUGUUAAGCAAGUCUCACUGUUUAAUGUGCUAAAUGCAUAUAGUGUUUAUAAUCCAGAAUUGGGAUAUUGUCAAGGUAUGGCAUGUGUAGCUGGUGUUCUAUUAUUGUAUAUGCAGGAGGAAGAGGCAUUUUGGGCACUAAAUGCUUUAAUAGUAAAUGAAAAGUAUGCGAUGCAUGGUCUAUUUAUUGAAGGAUUUCCCAAACUAACGCGUUUUCUGGAACAUCAUGAUCGUAUUAUGUUGAAAAUAAUGCCAAAAUUACACAAACACUUUAUGAAGCAUAACGUUGAUGCAAUUCUGUACUCAAUUAAAUGGUUCUUUGUGGUUUUCGUAGAACGUAUACCAUUUAGUUUAAGUUUGCGUGUCUGGGACAUUUUUCUUUUGGAGGGAGAUCGUGUUAUUACUGCUAUGGCUAUUACCAUAUUAUACCUGCACAAAUCAGAAUUACUUCGACUUAAAGAUAUGGACUCUAUUUUAGAAUAUUUACAAGUAAAACUGCAUAAAAAUUUCGGUUACAACGACGAUUUAGCAAUAGAUGCCUUAGAACGUGUUAUGAAGAAAUUAAAAGAACACAAAUUAGAUGUUCCUCCGCCAGCCAAAGUCAAUGAAUUUCCCACGAAGCCUUUGGGCCAAUUUGUAGAAGCGGAUAUCGAAAAAAAAAUUGGUCGACGAAGAUCAGAAUAUACAGACACAGAAAAGCAGGUUAUAAAUGAUGUCAUAUUGAGACAAGAACAAAAUGCUAUUGAAGUUCAAUCAACAGUAUCGUAUGAAACAUCUGAAUGUGCUACUGUAACAUUAACUGUACCCGAGGAUAGUCACUCAAUAAGAAGUUCGCUUGCAGGUACAUCAAUGGCCUCACAUGGUUCUUCGGAAACAUUUUCGCUGGAGGAUAAUAAUAUACACCUGAAGACAGCUAAUGCUUUACAACAAACACCGCAACGUGAAAUAUUAAUGGGUACCUGACGUAUGCCUUCUACGCCACCACUACAUAACUGUGUAAAGCCUUGCUACUCUUCACCAGUGACCACAACUACAGCAGAAGCAGCUGAUUUAGAAAGCAAAACUUUUGAAAUAGUGGAUUCCAAAACAUUUAAAGUGGUAGCGGCGUCUUCCUUAAAUACAUUAAUAGAUUCCCAAAUUAAUGCAGUCCAAAGUUCUUCUAGACAAAAAAUUUGUUUAAAUAUUGAAGCUGCGACGCCCACAACUCCCAAUGCAACACCAAUUAAAUCAUCUACGCCGUUACAAACACAUUCAACACCUUCCUCUACGCCUUUAGCUACAGUUUAAAAUUUAUACAUAUUUAGAAAUUUUAUAAUGUAUUUUUAGAUUUAGCAUCUCUAAUUUUAUAAAAACUUACGGUCGUUUUCACACAUAAAAAAUGUAUGUAUGUAGGUUUUUGAAUUAACAUAUACCUACAUACCACAAUGUUAAUGAACUUAACAUGAUGCAAAUGAAGGCAUUUCGAAUAGAUUUGAUUUCACCACCAUUUUGGAAUACUUCUAAAUUUUUUAAACUGAAGAAAUUGUUAUUUUUAAAUUAAAUUAACGCAAGAAAACGGUUUGCCACCUUUUAUUCAGCAUUUAUGUUUUUUUUUAUUAAUACGGCUUCAAACUUUUUAAUUUUGUUUAAUAUAUUAUUAUAUUUGUAUUACAAUCAUUCUUUCACACAACAAAAACUAAUAAAAUUGCUGUCUUGUAAACAUUUUUUAUUACAUUAAUAAAAAAUUAUUCCUUUUUUGAACAACAUGGAAUAUAGAUAAGGAGACAUUCAAUUCAUCCAGUAUCGAGUACAUAGUAUUAAAUGUUACAAAAAUUAUUUCAUUCAAUUAAGGCCACAAUUUGUUAAAACUUGCCACUGUUUAUAAAACUUUUAAUUUCAACAAGUAAUAAUAAUAAUUAUUAUUAUUAUUAUUAUUAUUAUAAAAUAAUAGCAUUUAUUUUUGCUUUAAGUUUAAGAAAAAAAUUUAUUAUUAUUUGUACGAUAUUAUAACUCUAAUUGUUAAUGACAAAUGAAAAAUAAAUGUAAAAUUAAAUACACAA